AAAUUUAUACCGACAUUUUCAAGCUGAUUCUUUCACUGAUAAGGCAUAUAAACAAAUGCAGUGUAGAACGCGCUGUUAAAUUUAGAGUACGUCUUAGAGUACUAUGAAUGAAUAAAUGAAUGAAUAAUGAAUAAAUGAAAAAAUGAAUAAAUGAAUAAAUGAGUUAUUUAAGAAAAGUAAUUAAAUUGGGUAAUUGAAUAAUUAAAAAAACAAACACAAAAUGUUCUUUUUAUUCCCUUAAGCAUUGAAACAACAGCGUGACAAUGGAAUGCUAGAGGUACGCAUCAUAUACUACAAACAAUUUGGAACCAUUAUAUAAAGGCACCAGUGCAUGUAAUUUAAAAAAAAUUAAUAAAGCAUACCAAUCCUUCUAUUUCAGUGGAUCUAAUAUGUUUUUAAGACGUAGAAUCAAACAAACAUCGUGCGGAAAAAGAUUGGGAGACGCGACAAUAAAGAAAGCAGACAUUGAAGUUGUGAUAGAUUUAUUUUAUGUUUUAGUGUGAUAUUUACGAUUCGCUAAUACUGAUUAUAUUAAAUAAGCGAUUUUCGAAGUUGGUACGUAAAUAAAAAUAAGUCAGAACAAUACUUUAACGGAUAUUAAAUGAGAUUUUAAGUUCGCAUGUUCCCUUGGAAUAUCAAACUUUUGAGGAGGAUAUAAUAGACAUUGCUUUGGUAGAUGUGGAGAGUUAUCAAAACGCCGGAAAUAAAUAAAUUCAAAGAUAUUAAAAAAACACUUACUUAGUGAAACACUAUAAAAAUGACAAAAUCAAGAAUUAAAAUAAAUUACAAAGUGGUCAUUUUACUGACGUUAUGUUGCAUAUUCUUCAUUUUUUUGGGCUCAGAAAUAUACUUUAACAAAUUUGUAAUAGAGCUGGACUACUCAAGGAUUUACGUGAAAGCUAAUUUGAGCAAUCUUAAUCAAGACAUACACGUGACUAAAUUAUUAUCGAAAUUUUCGUGUAGCAAAAAGCCAAUAAAGCUGUUAGUUGUGGUGAUCAGUAACGUAAUGUACUUCCAGCGUAGAGAUACCAUUCGGAAAACAUGGGGAAAGAGAUUAGAUUUGCAUACAACAAACGAUUUUCGCACUUUCUUUGCUGUGGCAAAGACAACAGAUGAAACAACACAAGAAAAACUUGAGAAUGAGAUUGCGACUUAUGGAGAUGUAAUACAAGGAGAUUUUUACGAAGAUUAUUAUAAGCUUCCAAGAAAGACUGAGCUAGUUUUCGAAUGGGCGUAUAAACACUGUGAAUUUGAUUACUUGCUGAAGGCAGAUGACGACGUGUACGUUAACCUAAUGAUCCUUUUUCAAUUUCUUGAUCAUCCAGAUACACCUAAGACUAAAUUGUAUGCAGGACGCCAACAUGUAAAAACAAACGUGUUCAGAGAAGGAAAGCUGAAAGUCACUUUUGAAGAGUAUGGAACGAAAAACUAUCCUGAUUUUUGUAGCGGUGGAUCAGCCAUACUUUCAAGAGAUGUAGUAGGAAGUAUAAUUCCGUAUUUUCAAAAAAAUCCAUUUCGAUUGGAGGAUGUUUACACCGGCAUGUUGAUGAUGAAUGCAGGUGUUGUGUCAAGACAUGUACCGAGUGUCAGAAUGUUUGAGAAAAAUUGUGAUUAUCAAAACACCACGUUGGCACAUCAUUCUGAAAUACAUACAAAGAAAAGAAGCUGUCUGUUGAAAUUAUUUUAUAGUAUGUUAGCCCAAAACGUUGAAAGUGCUUUUAUACGCACGCAUUACAUUAACGUGAUGGACGAUAGGGGGAAGUAGUUCAGUUAGAUGGUGAUUUAUCACUCUGAUCUGUUUGUUUUUCUUAGUUGACUUUUUGGUUACUGUUUACUUAUGUUUUUUAUUUGUUUUUCAUUUGUUUUUAAUAGUUAUAUUCUUUCAUAGCUUUAAACAUUGUUUUUUUGAAAAUUUAUUUUGUUGAUAGAAUACGCGAUGUUUCUUUUCUAAAUUUCUUGUAGUUUUUGAAUAAUGUAAUGCUUCAAUUAAACUCAUUUUAUUAAAGAGCUAUUAUUAGG